UGGUGGGCGCAAAUCAUUUUUGGAGCCAUGUGCAGCACCCUGUGCACCCCCAACAGAAAUUAAAACUUCCAGUUUUUAUAAGAACACAAGGGGAGGGAGAAGGUGUGUGUGGUUUUCCUGUCCUCUGUCAGAAAUUGGAAGACCCCUGUUAGGAGUGGUUAGAUUCCCCGCCCUAGAAUUUACAUAUUGGCGCCACCACAAUAAGCCAAUAUAAUCUGUGGGUGCUACUAUUAAGGUAAAUUUCAGAAAAUCAUGUAAGCAUUUUUGAGUGUUUGAACAAGUAUAGCUAAUUUUUUUUUUUUUUCAAUUUCUGUUUCACCUCGCUAGCUAGUGUUGUUUGUUCCAGGUUAGGAAGCACCUGAUCAGAGAAAAGAUCAAGACUUAACCGAUGCUAACUGGAGUACAUAAACACAGAUCUCUGGUUGGCGGUGAUGGUGGUGUAACCCCAUACUUCGGUUUGGGUGCUAGCUUGGUGUUUAUUGUUUUUUAUUUUUGUUUUUUUUCCGGCUUUUUUCUUUGUGUUCUUGGUCCUUCAAUAUUGUCUAGCACAUAGAGACCUCGUUUAUUUGCACUGUAUAAAUCCAUCUAUUAUUAUUAUUAUCAUUAUUCAGGAAGCUGGGUCAAAUGGUAGCUGACCUUCCAAACUUCAUUGAAAGCAUUUAUGAUUCUAGAGGGCAGGCUUUAAAAAUUCUCUCCAAAUAUAUGUAAACAAUGAUCUGUGUUAAAUGAUUUGAUGAAAUGUAUUUUGAAGCAUUUUUCUGCUUAUCCUAGAAGGUCAGCUGAUAUCUCCCCCCCCCCACACAUCCAAAAUGAGGACAGUGAGUAUCAGACAGCCAGGAUUUACAUUAAUUAACUAACACAAAGCAAAACUGCUAUGACAUCACUUAUGAAAUCAAACUUUGUGAAAAGGAAGUUUUAAUAGCAUGGUCAGAUAUCCGCCUAUUGUUCCAAGCUAAAUCAGCCAAGGAUGUACUCAUUUGCAUAUAAUGGGAUAGAGUACAGUUAUUUGUUUAUAUGAAGACAUUAUUUAAAUGUUUUCACUGAUCGCGUUAAGGAAUAAUUGUAAAUUUCAAUUCACACGCCAAGUGUUUGCCCUAGACUGGACAGACUUUGUAUAGCCUUCUACAGAAACUUCUUGUAUCCUAUUAUCAUACAUCACUGCUGUUCAAAACAACAGGUUUAUUUCAAGAUGGCCACCAGGGAGUUUCUGGAAGAUGUUAAGGGGAAUUUACUAGAAUGUACCAUAUGCUCAAAGGAACUUCAAAAUCCUAAAUCUCUCAACUGCCUCCAUAGUUUUUGUUUGGCCUGCCUUGAGGACAGGGUCAAGGAAGGUAAGCUGACCUGCCCGACUUGUUGGAAAUCGCAUAACAUUCCAGAGGGCGGGCUUCAGAAACUUCCUCUAAAUACCUUUUUUGAAAACUUAAUAAAAACAAAGGAAAAAUUUAUAGAAAGAGAUCAGAUGAUAUGUGUUUGUGGAACAUAUGGUCAGGCAAAAUGUUACUGCCAGGACUGCAGGCAUUACUUGUGCAUUACUUGUAGCGACCAUCACAAAAUAUUUCCAGUGCUGGCAAAGCACAAACUACGUGCAGUGGAGGAUAUAAAACCAAUGAGUCAGCAAGACUUUGCUUUGUUGCAUUCACCACUGUGUUCAAUCCAUGAUAAACCUUUAGAGUUCUACUGUAUAAAUGCAGAUUGUAAGAUUCCAACAUGCAUUACUUGUGCAUUUAUGGACCACAAAGAGUGGGAAGGAAAGCACAAAUCAAUCACAAUUACAGAAGCAUUUCAAAAGUUCCAAAAAACCGCUAUGAAAUUGAGAGAUGAUGCAAAUCAUUAUAGAGACAUUUUAAAAGAGGGCCUCAGAGCAGUUCUUCAAAAUGAUACCAAAUUAGAAAAAAGUAAAGAAACCAGUUUGAGAGAUAUUGAAAAUCUUGUGCAAGAGAUAGUAAAAAAAAUCAUAGAGAAAGGUGAUGAAAUGAAAAAUGAGGUAGAGACAAUCUACAAAAAGAAAAAAAAUGUGAACAAUAAACAAAUGGAUGAACUGAGAAUAACUAUAUCUGAUGUUAGUACAAAAUUAAGUUAUCUCAAUCAAUUAUUGAAGAGUGAUGAAGCAACAGCGAUGCAAUCAAGUGAAAUGGUGAUUACAGCACUGAAGGAGAGAAUCAAAGAAAUUCCAAAAACAGAGCCAAAAGAUAAUGGACAAAUUUACUUCUAUAUUAACAAACAUGAAAUGUCUCUGUUGCAACAGCAUUGUGAUAUCGGAACAGUAACACAAAUGAUGGCAGUAGACUCUCUAGAAUUACGGGAAGGGAAAGAUGUGACCCAAGGUCAGCCAAUUGUUGUCAAUGUAAUAAAAAAAGAAGGUUGUGAUAUAGGUUCAAAUCAAUUAAAGGCAACUUGGACACACCCUACAGGAGAAAUCAACGUCACUCAAGUUGAAAAAGACAACAGUGGUAAUCACAUUGUGACAGGAAGAUGCACAAGCCCAGGUGUUUGUAGACUUGAUGUGAGUGUUGAUGGUGAACUAAUCAAACAGUCACCAAUGACAUUCAAAGUUGAGAAGGAAGGCCUAGUUAAUACCAUUAAAAUAAACCAAGAAAUUGUUUCAGAUGUAGUUAUGGGUGAAUUUAAUUGCUUGCGAGUUUCUUGUCGCACAGAAGACAUUUUCAGGUACAAGCAAUCAGGGGAGUAUGUUGAUAAGAUAACAUUACCAGUUGGUGUAAAAGUCAACAGAAUGUACAAGAUGAAGAAUGCCAUAGCAUUUAGUGAUAGUGAUAGUAAAUGCAUCACAUUCAUUACUAUGGAUGGUCAGGUGAUCAAAUCAAUUGGUAAGGGAGAACUGAAAAAUCCCAAAGGAAUCCAUGUGGAUGAGACAUCAAAUACUGUGUAUGUAGCAGAUAAGAAUAACAGCCAUGUGUUUGACAUUGACAGUGGUAAAAAAAUGAAGACUUUACAAUCAGGAUGCAGCAUCUCUGAUGUUACAAUGACAAAGGGAGGAGACGUGAUUGCAUUACGUGACCCGAAGAGCCUAUUAGUAUAUUACAAUGUUGGACAUUAUUGGUUGGACGGGUUUAUAUUACAAGUACAUGAUAAUAGGGGUGUAUUCAUAAAAAACCUAGUCAAAGCAGAUAAGAUGUGGAAGCCAUGCGGAAUAGUAGUGGAUGCGGACGACAACAUCAUUAUAUCAAGUGAACACAAACUGCAGCUAUUUAGUAGCGAUGGAAAUUUCAUUAAAAGAAUUGAUAAAGACGAGGAUGAAAUAAAAAAUCCAUGUGGAUUAUCAAUAAUCUCAUACCAUCCACGGUCAGUUGCAGUAGCAAACAAGGGAAACAACACGAUAAAAAUAUUUAAUUAUUAGCUACCGUACAGUAAUACCUCAAAAAGUCCAUAGGAUUCUUUUUAUUUAAAACUGCAGGUUGGGCUUCUUUUCAAGAUUACUUUUGCAAACUAAAGACAAAGUAUCUUUUCAAAAAAUAAAUGCUGUAAAUACUGGAAAUUGCUACAAUAAAACAUAGAACAACUGAAAACAUUUAAAUCAUAAAAUUCUAACAACUGAAAACAUUUAAAUCAUAAAAUUCUUUUUUAAUAAAAAAAAAAAAUGCUCAUGAAAAACAAGAACAUAUCUUUUUAAUAUCAUCAUCAAACCUGCUAAUAACUAUCUGUUUGACAAUUAACCAAAAAAAGCAACUACAAUAGAAACCUGCAAUAGUAAAAAAAACUGUAAAUCUGUACUUUUAAAGCAUCAUCCUUAAAUUAUUAUUAUUAUUAUUAUUAUUAUUAUUAUUAUUAUUAUUAUUAUUAUUAUUAAUUAUUAUUAUU